AUGGUGCUGGGAAGGACCAUCUCCAUCGACAUUGACCUGGAAACAUGUCGGGAAGCUUUGGAUGACUGCUGUCUGCACCAAGGAGAUGGUCAGCUGGAACUUCAAGAGGAGGAAGAAGACAUAAAUCAAGUGAGUUUACUGGAAGAUACACGAGUUGCUACUUCUAGUAGAGGCCAAGACCCAUCAUGCUCACACCACAGUAUAAGUUUGACCCAGACACUGUGCCACUGUUUCAGUCCUCAUGAUGCUACGCUACCAAGAAUAGACUACCCCACUCAAACAAAUUCUGAAACAAGACAUUUACAAAGGCUAGAGUCUUUUCCUCUGUCAAGCUCUAAUACCAUAAAUCCAGAAUCACUAAUUCAUGGGUCCCAUUUGACAGGGCUGUUUUCAGUGGCUGACAUGAGAAACCUAACAGCCUACGAUGAUAAUUUUGAUGAAAUUAAACUCAUAUCUUUGGUUCUGGAAGAAGGCUUUGAUCCUAUAGAAGUUUCUCAGCUCUUUGAAGAACCUGGCUCAGAGUCAGGACUGUCUUUGAAUUCAGAUCACAGCACUGCCUCUUACUCGGUCUGCAGUGAAGGUGCUGUUGGAUACAGCAGCGAUGUUAAAUCUCUUUCUUCACAUGGCUUAGGAGCUGUUGGUGGCCAUAGCCAAGAACACAGUAAAUAUGGCCAUGUGGAAUAUCCCCGUGAUUCAGAGUGUUCUGGAGAAGCCACACUUCAGCAGUUUUUUCAUAACCACAUGUAUAAUCAGCUGCCAAGUCAAGCAGCAUCCCCUCUGGAGCAUCAUCAACAGAUGCAGAUGGAGAAACCAAGCAAAGUAAAGGACAGUUGGCAUAAUUCUACCGAUACAAACCUUAGCAGCGAUGAACGCCAUGCAAAAGCUCUCAGAAUACCCUUUUCGGUUGAUGAAGUUGUGACCAUGCCUGUAGAGUCCUUCAACACCAUGCUAGGAAAGAAUCAUCUAACAGAUACUCAGGUAUCACUUCUACGCAAUAUCAGACGAAGAGGAAAAAACAAAGUUGCUGCCCAAAAUUGUCGUAAACGCAAAAUAAAUGCAAUUCUUAACUUGGAAGAAGAUGUGUGUAAUCUUCAAAUGCAAAAGGAGAACCUUAAAAAGGAGCACGUUCAGUGUAGCAGAUCAAUCAGCCGGAUGAAGGAAAAAUUAAACAACUUGUACCGUGACAUUUUCAGUAGGUUGAGGGAUGACCAGGGUAGACCUGUUAGCCCGUGCCAGUAUGUCAUUCACUGCAGUAAUGAUGGCAGUGUUUUCGUAAUACCCAAACACUUGGUCAAAUCAGAACAGAAACAAGAUCAUGAAAAAGAGCAGAAACAAAAAUGA